AUGAGUUAUCCUAGCCUCCCAGGUAGCUCAUCUUCUCGGAGGACCUGGAAAUACGAAGUUUUUCUGAGUUUCAGAGGCGAGGAUACUCGCAACAAGUUCGCUGGUCAUCUUUUUUCUGCUCUUCAACGGAAAGGUAUAUUUACUUUCAGGGAUGACAAAAGGCUCGAGAAAGGACAAUCCAUUAAACCGGAGCUCCUCAAAGCAAUCGAGCAAUCCCGAAUUUCUCUUGUCGUCUUCUCCCAAAACUAUGCCGAUUCAUCAUGGUGCCUGGAAGAACUGGAAAAGAUAUCUCAGGGAAUUGGCGAACCGGGAUACUUUGUUGUACCAAUUUUCGUCGAUAUCGAUCCUUCUGAUGUUCGAAAACAGGAUGGAAAUUAUAGAAAAUUCUUUGAUAAGCAUGAAGAAGACUUCAAGGAUAAUAUAGAUAAGGUACAAAGAUGGAGGUUAGCAUUGAAUCAAGUAGCUGGUCUCGUUGGUUAUGAUGUUCGGAAUAAAUCAGAAUCAGAUGUUAUUGAUGAAAUUGUUCAAGAUGCAGCAAGCAAAUUGAGACAUAGAUUCGCAAAUCUGGUUGAUGAUCUAGUUGGGAUGCAAUCUCGUGCAGAAGCAUUUGAAAGCCUUUUAGAUUUAGAAUCAGAUGAAGUUCGAAAGGUAGGGGGGAUGUGGGGGAUGCCUGGAGUAGGGAAGACUACUCUAGCUGCUGUUGUAUAUGAUAGAAUCUCUCACAGAUUUGAUGCUUGUUGUUUUCUUGAUGUAAGUAAAGUUUACGAGGGUCCUGGACUUGUCCGUCUACAAGAGAAACUCCUCUGGGAAACACUGCACUUAAAGAUGGAGAUAGGGGACGUGAACAGGGGAACCGAAUUAAUAAGAACCAGGCUUCAACACCUUAAAACUCUUAUUGUUGUUGACAAUGUUGAUCAUGAUGAUCAAUUGGAGAAACUGAUAGGAAAUCCCACAUGGUUGGGGCCGGGUAGUAGGAUCAUCAUAACAACAAGAGAUUCACAUAUCCUAAAGGUCUAUGGGGUGGAUGAAAUUUACGAGGUUAAACAUCUGAAUGAUGAUGAAGCUCUUCAACUUCUCUGUAGAAGAGCCUUCAAGCAAGAUGAUCCCUUGAGCGACUUUAAACGUGGGAAGAUCAGUUAG